AUGAGCGGCACGCGACGCGAUGCCCCGCCGCAUCACAAGCACAAGGACAGCGUCCCUGACGCGGGGCUGAGAAGUCUCGAUCAUUAUAAAAGAGCGCUGCCAAAAUGGAGAUAUAACUUGCGACAACAGGCGCUCCCGCUCAUCCGCUGGGAGACGCCGUAUCUGGCUGCUCUCCAGAGCAAGUUGCGCACCCCGGCGCUCGACAGCUACUUCGCCAUCACGGCCAACCUGGGCACGCACACCUUCUUCAUGGUCUUCCUGCCCAUGCUGUUCUGGGGUGGCUAUGCGGCCUUUGCCAAGGGAUUGGUCCACAUCUUGGCGCUGGGUGUCUUCUGGACAGGCUUCAUCAAGGACUUUUACUCGCUGCCCCGGCCACUGUCGCCACCGCUCAACCGCAUCACUAUGUCUGGAUCUGCUGCGCUCGAGUAUGGCUUCCCUUCGACUCAUAGUGCCAAUGCCGUAUCCGUUGCCGUCUACGCCAUCCUGCACCUGCGCGACCCUCUCAACACCUUUUCCGACACGACAAAGCUGCUCCUCGAGAUCCUGUCGUACUUUUAUGCUGUGUCGAUUGUCUUUGGGCGACUUUACUGCGGCAUGCAUGGGUUCUUGGACGUUAUCAUCGGAUCCAUAAUGGGGGCUGGCAUCACCGUCCUGGAAUACUAUUACGGGCCGCCAUUGGACGCCGCAAUGCAGCACGGCACUUGGCUGGUUCCCGUCAUUGCUGGCUUGGUUGUCGUCGUCUUUGUGCGAAUUCAUCCCGAGCCUGCAGAUGAUUGUCCGUGCUUCGACGAUAGUGUCGCCUUCGCCGGCGUAGUAAUCGGCUUGGAAGUCGGCACCUGGACUGUCGGAAGGACUUUCCUAGCUGGCGCUGAGUCUAGCAUGGGCGUUUUGCCGUAUGUGUCGUGGGUUAUAGCGGCAAGGAUGGUUGUGGGAAUCAUUGCCAUUUUUGUUUGGCGCGAGACUAUGAAGCCCACGCUGCUCAAGGUCUUGCCUCAUCUAUUCCGUCUUAUCGAGUCGACCGGCUUUGACCUGCCCCGAAGAUUCUUUACGCCCGCUAGCGAGUACAAGUCUGUGCCUCCCGGAUCGCGGUUGGAUACAUUAUUCCCGACAGCCUCUGAUUUUCCUCGCAUGGUUGAGAGUAUUCGACAUCCCACAACUCGAGGUCGAUCGGUCUCUAUCGGGCCUCAGAGCGCGGCGGAUGCAUACGAAACCCUGGCUUAUCGGGAACGACAACGACGGGAUAGCAUUGGAAGCAAUGCAAGUCUCAAGAGCAAAUCAAGCAAUAUGGAUCUUAAUGGCAAAGAGGAAGACAAGUCAGGCAAGGGAGCACAAACUUCAGGUGCCCAGAAGGCGGCGUUUAAUGACAAUGAGUCGCUGAGAGGUCCAAAUGACAUUCUGGUUAUGCAGGGGACAGAGAAUGGGAACCCGGAUAUUUAUCUUUCUAUGGAGGAUGCGCGUGACGAGAAGGAGGUCUUUUCUCAGCUGGUGAAGCCGCGAGUGAGAUAUGAUGUCGAAGUUGUCACGAAACUCGUGGUUUAUGCAGGAAUCUCGUGGCUUGCAGUGGCAGGAGUGCCCAUGGUAUUCAGCUUCAUUGGUCUCGGCGUUGUCCGUACGGUUGCAGAACGAAUUGCCAUUUGA